AUGGAGCGAUAUCUAGGCUUGAACAAGGACCCACAGCUUCACAAGUCCUCCAGAGGAAUCCAAAAGUUAAGUCGCUCUUUGACCAACUUGGUUUCGGGCCUCAAGCGAGGGAAGCAGCUGCUGUCAUUCUUGGAAAACGACAAUGCUAUUGUUUUCACGGAUGAAGACAAGGAAGUUCCAUACCCGGAUCAUAGGAGGCCACUCUACCUGGAAGGGCAGAUCAAUGAUGUGUUUAUACGGAGGGCUUUGGUAGACACGGGUUCUUCUGUCAACAUUUUGCCUCUGUCUGUACUUACAGCAGCUGGUAUUCCACUAUCCAAGAUCGUGCAGUCCCAGACAAGCAUUAGCGGCUUUGGGAAUCAAAGUGAAGUAGGGCCUAUCCGGUCACUUACCAAGUUCUAUGUGGUAGACGUAGAUGUGGCUUAUCACGCUUUGCUGGGAAGGCCAUGUCUCAAUAAGCAUAAACUUGUGGUCUCUACUUACCAUCAAUGUGUAAAAGGAAGGAUUGGGCUAAGGCCACUUCAUAUACCUGGGAACCAAGCACCGUUCAACCAAAGCGAAGCUCACUACUCCGAGGUAGAAUUCUACACUGAAUGCACAGGCACCGGAAGCAACCCAUCCAAGGAUUUUGGGACCUAUCUGCCAUCAUGGACCAAAAUUCGUGAUCUGAGCAACGAGGAGCUCAUAACCAUCGUUGAUCCACUCGGAGGUCAACAACCAUGCCUACGAUCAUCCUCAAUGCUCAAAGGUGACGCUGCCAGAUGGACGCACUGUAUACCGCUUAUGACGGGAUUGGUGGCUUGA